GUAUGACCGGAAUUCUACAAACAGAAGAAGACGUCUUUCUACUGCGCAUGCGUGUCACAUUCAAAAUGUCUGCGCCCUUCAACAAGGUGGUAAAGGAACAAAAUGUGUAUAACAAGCAUUAAUAAUUGGUUGCUAGGCUGUCUUUAGACAAUGUAUGACUGAGACCGGUUUAGUUAUAGCUGCAGCGAUGUUUUCGACAACAGGAUAUAUCUAACGGAGGCAUUUGGCUGUUUGUUUUUUGAUUUCAAGAUCACACAUUGUCUAGUUAGCUAGAAACACUCAGUGAGUUGUUUAUUUUCUCAAAUGCUCUCAUUUGAAUUAGUGGGCUGGAUUUAUCUAUUAGGAUUUUGUGAUUCCACAUUUAAAAAAAAUCCGGUUAGGUUGUGGUAGUCGUCUUCAACAGAAAUACCGCACAAAACUGAUUGUGUUUAGUGAUGUAGCUAAACCUGCUAAUUUCUUUUUAAAAUGUCAUCAAAAUAAAGCACUGCUUGUCGUAAUACCUACAUGGCGAAUUGCCGAAUUAAAGAAUGCCUGUGUCGGAUACAUAAUAUAUCUUAAUAUAGCAAUUACAGAGGUAUACAUUUUGUUAGUAAUAAAAACAUAUACAAUCAUACCAUUUUUGAAUGGAUUUUGGCCGAAUGUUUCUUCCGGACUAGAGGAACGUGUGCCAAAGCCAAGUCAUAUCGGGAUAUGUUUGUUCUGCUACACAGUAAAUUUUCCAAACAAAUCUGCUUACACAAUGGCUUACAGAAGAGCCGUAAACCUCAUUCCGAAAGGAAAGAACUGUGUCUUUAGUCUGUGGAUACCUUGUUUUCAAAAAUCACCAAAUGUCAUCAGGCAAACUGUCAGAUUUCAUAAACACGCCAAUAACUACUGGGGCAGAACUACAAGAAGUCUUCACACUGGUACACCUUUGAUGGUGGCCAAGUUACUCUCUGUGGAUGAGCUUUUUGCCAAGAGGUCUCUGCAGGAAUACCUCAAGAAGAUGGAGACAGAGUACAGUGAAUAUUUGAGAGCAGUCAACAGCAGUGUGACAGAGGAGCAGUACAGUGAGGACGAACUGAGGGUUAAGAGGACCAAAGUGUCCCUGCUGGCUCCUCUUAUCCAGAGCAUCAGAGAGCUGGACACCAAACAAAAAGAGAUGGCUGAGACCGACACACUCCUGAAAGAUGAAGACCCAGCCCUGCGAGAACUGGCUGAGCUGGAAAGUGAAGGAUGUUUGCAAGAUAUUCAACAUCUUAGACAAAAGAUCCUGGAUCUGUUGAUCCCUGAAGAGGAGGCAGAUCUGAGUGACCUUGUCCUGGAAGUUACAGCAGGUGUCGGGGGUCAGGAGGCCAUGCUGUUUACUGAUGAGGUGUUUGACAUGUACCAGGGCUACGCUCAGCACCACGGCUGGUCCUUCGACAUCCUGGAGCACAUGACCAGCGAAAUAGGUCAGUGGACUCACGUCCACGCCCCCCCCCCCCCCCCCCCCCCCUGCAAAUUUUUUUUUUUUUCCCCCCACCGGCCCCUUCAGCGGGUUCCCAGGACUGAAAAACAGAGCAGAAUGCACACUAGCACCAUGACUGUGGCUGUACUGCCCCAACCCACAGAGAUCUCUUUCACUAUAAACUCAAAGGACCUGAGGAUAGAAACUAAGAGAGCGAGUGGAGCUGGAGGUCAACAUGUCAACACCACAGACAGUGCAGUCAGAAUAGUCCAUCUGCCUACAGGCGUGGUUGCAGAGUGCCAGCAGGAACGGUCACAGAUAAAGAACAAGGAGAAAGCCAUGAAGGCUCUGAGAGCAAAACUGUACAGCAUGAAGCUAGAGGAGGAGACUAGCAAACGCUACAACCAGCGUAAAAUACAGAUUGGCACCAAAGGCAGAUCAGAGAAGAUUCGAACGUACAACUUUGCCCAGGACCGUAUAACAGACCACCGUAUUGGCAUGACGGUGCACGACAUUAAGAGCUUCCUGUUGGGAGAGGAUCUGCUGGACGAGAUGAACUCUGCGCUACAGGAAUUCUCCAACCAGGAGAUGCUUGCAGAACUGCUGGGAGAAAACAACCAGGACAGCUGAUGAAUGUGGAUCUGACAAAUAUGGAUUGUGAUAGAAUGGAAACUUCUUGCAACAUGUUCUAGCAAAGCAUGCUAAACACUGUAAUAUCGGUAAUUCCUACUCCCCUUCAAAUUCUGCAAGAAAAACUGAGAUAAAGGACUAUGAUGGAUUAAAAGGCUGACCAAGUCUUAAUGCUUCUGACAAACAAAAAAAGUAUUGCCACUUUAAUGUCUGUAGCAUGUCCAGUGUGUGACAUUGACAGCAAUGUCAGCACAAACAUAAAAGUGGCUAAUAAAAUGACCCAACUAUGGAGUGAUCAUAACACAUGAUCUGUAA